AUGAUCGACUUCAGAUUAAAUAAAAUCUUUCUGCUGCCAAGUUUUCAGCCGUUUUAUAGUUUCAAUAAAUAUAUGAAACGCAGCACUUCGUUAAGAUCUGACCCGUGGAGAGAAAGAACCGUUCGCUGCUCUUCAGUGCUGAUCGUUGCGCUUGGGGUUUGCCUCAUCGCUUUGGGGGUCUACACCACAGUGUUGGUCCUAACUGAAUACACAAGCCCGAGACCCUGCCUCAGUGAAGUGUGCGUUGGAACUGCCUCAAGGGUCCUGUCAGCCCUGAACAAGGAUGUGGAGCCAUGCGACGAUUUCUAUGAGUUCGCGUGCGGAGGUUGGAUAAAAAAGAACCCCGUUCCCGAGUGGGCGACAUCUUGGGACCAGCUGGCGAAGCUUCGGGAACAACUCACGACGGAUCUUCGGGAACUUCUGGAAGCUGAUGAUAUACCGGGCAUGCCUAAGAGUGUGUUGAAGGCGAAGGCCCUAUAUAGGACCUGUGUUGACACCGACAAGAUGCAAGCGAAAGGGGUCAAACCUAUAGAAAACCUGCUGGCGAGCCUCGGUCUACCAGUUAAGCCUCCAAGCGUUAGUUCAAACUUCACAUGGGAAGAUAUAUCAGCAACAGUGAGGCGUCGACUUGGACUUAACGUGCUGGUCAGCGUUCAGGUCGCUGAAGAUGUUAGGAAUACCAGCAGAAACCGUGUCGUGAUAGAACAAGUGACACCGGGUUUCAGUGAACGCUACCUUUUGCACCCGGAGCAGUUCGGUGCGGAGUUAGACCAGUACCACAAGUACAUCAAAGAAAUGAUUGCUAUAGUCGACCCUGACACCGAUGCCAAAAAAUUCGCAGACGAUAUCAUUGAUAUUAGUACACGGCUGGCUAGGAUAAUGACACCGAUGGAGGUUCGCCGCAGCGGGACUCAUCUCUUUCAUGAUGUCAGCGUAUCGCAAUUCGUCCAGGGCACUGGUGGAGGUCCAGCACAGUGGAAUGAGCACAACUGGGACAAGUUCUUGAAACUAGUGUUCAGUAACACGACGGUGGAGUUACAUCCCAAUGAAGAUCGUCUUAUCGUAAUGGAUCUACCUUAUCUUCAGAAACUUGCCACUCUACUGUCCGAAACCGAACCUCUACUUAUUGAACGUUUCAUCUGGUGGAGCGUCUUCUCAACGGUGUCCCCAAUGACUCUGAGCGAAUUCCGUGAGCUCGGAUUCGAGUUCAGCCGAGCGGUAUACGGGCUGCGUGCGCGUGCGCCGCGCUGGAAGACCUGCUCCGCUAACGUCAACGCAAACUUCGGUUUGGCUCUAUCGUACCUCUAUGUCAAUCACCACUUCGAUAACGCUUCGCGGGUGAAGGCUAUAGAAAUGGUGGAAGACGUAAGAGAGGCAUUUGCCCAAACUGUCAGUCACCUUGAGUGGAUGGACGGCAGUACAAGGGACAGAACGCUACGUAAGUUGCGGGCGAUACGCAAUUUCGUGGGAUUCCCUGCUUGGCUGUUGGAACAUGACAAACUUGACAAACACUAUGAAAAUGCUGAGGUCAUAGAAGGAAAUCUUUUCGAAACCUUCUUAAAGCUUACAAAUGCAGCCGUGAAGAAAUCCUUUCAGUCUCUUAGAGAGAAACCAGACAGGAAUAGAUGGGUCGCGACUGCUACAACUGUAAAUGCGUUCUACUCAGCAACGCUCAACUCAGUCACAUUCCCCGCCGGAAUUUUACAACCACCAUUUUAUGGCAACGGCAUCGAGGCAAUCAAUUAUGGAUCAAUAGGGGCAAUUAUGGGACACGAGGUGACACAUGGAUUUGACGAUCAAGGAAGACGUUAUGAUGAGGAAGGCAAUUUACGACAGUGGUGGUCUGCUGCCACUCUAGAGCACUACCACGGCAAGGUGCAGUGCAUCAUCCAGCAGUACAGCCAGUAUCAUAUGCAACAACUGCCUAAUUACACGGUGCAUGGAUUUAAUACGCAAGGCGAGAACAUAGCUGAUAAUGGCGGAUUGCGAGCUGCUCUGCAGGCCUACUCAUUGUACGCGGGCAGACACCCCGCAGCGGAUAGAGCCAGACUACCCGCCUUACCCCAGUACACGCCACAGCAACUUUUCUUCUUGGGAUUCGCGCAGAUAUGGUGCGGCAACUCAACGGUGGGUGCAUUGAAAUCCAAAAUGGUCGAGGGCGUACACAGUCCCAAUAAGAUCCGAGUGAUAGGAACUCUCAGUAAUUCUAAGGAGUUCGCGGAAGCGUGGCAGUGCCCUUCUGGCUCUCCUAUGAACCCAGUACACAAGUGUGUUCUCUGGUAG